UUGUUUGAAGUUCCAAAGGUUAUCGUAUAGUACAUGAUAAGUCUCAGAACACCUUGAUUGAAAAAUGCAAAGAACCUACAUAUUCGCCGUUAUAAGCACAGGUUUUCUGUGUAAUGCUGGUUCCACUAUCAUUUGGACCUCCAAACCGAUUAACUGUAUCGACGGUGAUUGGAACAUAUGUGGUUCCAAUAUUUGCACUUGGUGGUACUGGAACACAUUUGUAGGAGAAACUCAGACAGCUUCCAGAGCAACAAUCACUGUGAGUUAAACACUGUUAGAAAAUAUAAAAAACAAGUUAUACUUUUCAAUGCCUUAUUUAUAAAAACAUCAACGUAAUGUGAACGAUGUUUGAAAUUACGUAUUCUCCAUUUGCGGCACAGUUGCCUUUGCCUUGAGCAUGGACCUGUACAACCAAUAGUGCAAUUGCGAGCAGCAACGUCAACUGAUUCAUUUCGUAAAAAUUUGAUUUUCCUUCCUGUGAAUAACCGAACAUUGAACACCGAUAACACUACGAGUAUUCAGGAUAGAAGAGACUUUCCAUCCACUGCCUACGAUUGGUGAUUCAAGACUGCAUUUGGAGUGCUCAAUAACACGGAGGCACGCUAUACUUUUAUCCACUAAUAACAACCUGCAACCUUAUAAACAAUGAUAACUAGUAGGUGACAUUAGGUGGUAAUUUGUUAACGAUUGCGUUCAUCAAGUUUAUUGGACGUUGACCACACUACAAAGCACUUUAGUCGUAUUCUAAGACGAUUGAUAGCCAUGGAUGGUUACGAUAAUGUGGAUUACAAUGUGACUGAUUAUAUCAACCGGACUGCGCCCAUCUAUUCUAUCAACCCAGACUUCAUAACGCACUGGAAACUAAAAAAAAAACAAGAAAAGUUAUGUAAACAAUUAUACAAAAGGUACAAUCUUCUGAAUUUCCCGGAAUGUCAAACAAUACUCGGUAUUCCUUCUUAUAACCGGCUGUACGAACAUGCAAGACAUAGACCAACGAGCGAGUAUUCGACAGAACACGACUUUGGUAACUGGUUUAUGAGCAGCAAUUACAGUUUUUUUGAGUGGCGCAACGACAGUUAUAGAUAUUUGAAUAACAAUACCGUGGUUGGAAACGUGCAUAAUGGAACAUAUCUAGAUGUAAGCGGCAAUGGAUUCGAUCCCGUACUCCCUCCGUUCGAGAUGUGGCAAACGAUACUUAUAGCGAUAUGCUUGGCGAUUUGUAUAAUUCUUACCGUAGGUGGCAACAUUUUGGUACUUCUGGCAUUUAUUGUUGAUCGAAGUAUACGACAACCUAGCAAUUACUUUAUUGCGUCCCUGGCAGCUACUGACAUGCUGAUAGGAACUGUAUCAAUGCCAUUCUACACUGUGUAUGUUCUAAUGGGUUAUUGGGACCUAGGUCCGUUGCUGUGCGAUUUGUGGCUAUCCGUGGAUUACACUGUAUGUUUGGUGUCACAAUACACGGUUCUACUUAUCACAAUUGAUCGUUUCUGUUCGGUGAAAAUUGCUGCCAAAUAUCGGAGCUGGCGCACAAAAAAUAAAGUAAUUUGGAUGGUGACAAUUACUUGGAUUAUACCAGCUUUAUUAUUUUUUAUUUCUAUUUUUGGUUGGGAACAUUUUGUGGGUUACCGUGAUCUGCUUCCUGGAGAAUGUGCUGUACAAUUUUUGAAGGAUCCUGUUUUCAACACUGCCUUAAUUAUCGGUUACUAUUGGACUACGUUGGUAAUACUGUUUGUUUUAUACGGAGGAAUUUACAAAACAGCAUACGAUAUGCAGAAAAAGAGUGAAGCUAAACAGCGCAAAAUGCAAUCUAUGGUGGCGUUGGGAAACGCGAUGACUGGUUUAGCAGGUCAAACGGGAGGGAUUGGAAUCUCCAAAACUCAGAGUACUUUAUUGAGCCAAGAUAAACCACUACCAGUUACAUCCACAUCAAGCGAAAUUAUUCCUCCAGUACUUUCAUUAGCUGCAAAACAACUCCAGAAAGAAGACAUAUUGUGCAGUAAUAAAUGUUCAGAUCCUAAAUCAACUAAAGAACAGUGUGAUGAAAAUAAGAAAGACGAAAAAGAAGGAGAUAAAAGUGAGCGUUCAAGUAGUCCAGCAUUCGAUUCAGAUGACGAAAGCUCGGCACAUGCUAAACAACAUCAAGAUGACGCGAUAAUCACCAAAAAAAGAACCUCUUUGGCUGGUUUGCUGGUCGGAGCAUCUGCAACGGUUUUGUCUAACAGAUACAAUGAGGCCAUUUCGGAAAAGCUUGUGUCCGACGCUACUAAAUCUAAAAGAUCGCCAAUUAGUCAAACGAAAAUUGAAGGAUUGCCAAAAAUUAUUGAGAUGAGCCUGAUCGAUGCAGAAAAUACAUACGCGAAACCUCAUGUUCCUCCUCUGAAGCCUACGCCAAUACAAUCUCCUAUUUCUCCUGUAGACAUUGAGCCAUUAGUGAUUGCUAAAUCAGAGAGGGCGCCUGAGAUUUAUAAUACUAUUCUCACCCCUCCAUAUGGGUUUCAAGAAACGUCAAAGAUCUCUGAAGGCUCACCGUCCAAAUCUGAUAGGCCACAUAGCAUUAUAAGUCACGGAGAAUCAACCUUUGAUGCAGUAGUUGGAAUGGACGGUGAAGAUCUUCGAUUUAUGGACGAAAGCUCAGUUAUUGUAGCUUCACCGCAGUAUGAGAGUCCGCCAUCAGCCUUUACUUUACAACCAAGGCCCACUGCCCACGGCGUAGGACAAAACAUAGCCAAUCCUUCUCUUUUGCAAAAAGCUCUCAUUCGAGCAACUGCUCAAUCGCAGCAACCUUCUCCUACCGUUCUAUUGAGAUCAGUGGACGUAUUUCCGCUUUCACCAACUAGUCAGUUAGAACAAACAACAUUAACUCAUUCUACUCAAACAUUGAACAGUUUCUGUACUACGGUCACUAUAGGCUCACAAAAUGCAGACAGGGUAGUAAACAUUCUGAGUAAUCCUACAAUGAACAAUUCUAAUGCAGAGCACGCCUCGCAACAAACUGCUAAGUCUGAAACCACGAGUCCAAAGUUAAAUGCACAAUUCACUGAUGCUCCAGCGGUAGUUUUCGAACCAAAGAACACCAUUCCAGUUAUUGGCUCAGAAAUAAAACUGGCGCCUACCACCGAAACAACUAGUAACAUUAGUUCAGCAAUGGCUGUAUCGUUACAGCAACCUAAUGCACCUGACAGUAACGUUACUAUACAUACGCAAGCAUCGUCCUCCACUAAUAAUACGCCAAGCGGUACAACGAUCGCUCCUAAUCCUUGUUUAGAAAGACACACUUCCAGUAAGCGGGAUUUCAUUCGUUCGAUCGGUAAAAGACUGAAAGGAAACAAAAAAACCGAUCAUUUAGGAAUGGGUCGACAAAAAUCUAAAUCAGAAAAUCGAGCCCGUAAAGCAUUUCGAACAAUAUCUUUUAUUCUAGGAGCAUUCGUUGCUUGCUGGACUCCAUAUCAUGUGCUAGCGCUAGUAGUAGGAUUUUGUUCGGACCCUCCAUGCAUCAACGAACACUUGUUCAUGUUUUCUUACUUUUUAUGCUAUGCCAACAGUCCAAUGAAUCCAUUUUGCUAUGCUCUCGCUAAUCAACAGUUCAAAAAAACCUUCACUAGAAUUUUGCGUGGCGACUUGCACAUGACAUGAAUGUAUCAAUCAAUUAUGUUUUCAUGUGAUGUAAUUUUAAGUAAAAACAAUAACCUUUUUUUUAAAUUAUAUAAUAGACAAUAAUAAAGAUAAUGAGAAUGAUAAUUACCUAUAAAAAUAAAUAAAUCGUCAAACUCACGCUAUAGAAUUUUGAUGAUAGGAAAGUUAAUACAGAUUUCAAAUUAAAACUAAUGAAACCUUCAAAUCAAGGUUGUUAAUCGAUAAGUUAUCGUAAACGCCGAUGACGAUACCGUCUGUUAUCGUUAUCGACGAUGACGCUAACGUCUUCAGACAUUAUCGUCAUUGCCAAGGACGAUAGCUACUGGACGGUAUCGAAUCGAUAACGUUUGUUUAUGAACAACCACUGCCAUACUAAUUUUCGCAUCAUCAGAUAUAUCAUUCAGAUGGAAUUGAAUCAUAAAUCUGACAAUGCCACAUACCUUGCUAUUCAUAUUCGUGCUUCAAAAAGCGUCUCACAAUUUGAAAAAAUUAAAACUGAGACAUUCCUUAUCAUGAUGAGAAACGAAACAUAAACAAACGAGGAAAAGUUUUUUCCUGUUGCCUAGUGAUGCUUCGUCUCCACCCCUCGAAGGGACAAAACGCUUCCUCACCCAGUGCCUACUUUUUGAUCCAAUUGCAACCACAGCAGACAAAACAUACAAAAGACGUUAGCGAGCUGAUAACGUUUGGUGACUAUCGUCAUCGCCGAUGACGUAAUGUUUGAAGACGCUAUCGCCAUCGUCAAUAACGAUAUCAGACGUUAUCGAUAUCGGCGAUGACGAUUAUCGACGAUAAUUUAUCGUAUUAACAACCUUGCUUCAAAUGUAAAUAGUUUUUAGUAUCGUCAAAAGGAUAACGGUGACAAUGAUAGCUGUUUAAAGUUCGAUGAUAUUCAAUUAUUGCAUUUAAAGCAUUUGCGAAAAUAGACAAAAAUGUCUAGCGCCUCCAUAUCACAUAAGGUAUUUUUAAACAUGCAUCACAUCGUAGCGUAAUGAAAAAUUACCACAUAAAUAUUUGUUUAUGAAACAACAUACAAUGAGUUAAAUUGUUCGACAAUAACGGUGCUUACUUCCCUGAUUGAGUGAAAUAAGUACUGUGGAAAAUAGAGUCGAUCUGCAUCAUAUGCAUGCAUAGUAAUGUAGAUCGAAUACAUAGGCUAACAUUUUCUAAAACUAAACUUUCUUACUUGUUUGUAGAUUUUCGCGUAGAACAGAUAAUGGACAAGGAUUUCGUAGAAAUACAGUUUCAACUCUUUUUCAAAGUGAUUUUCCUGUAAACAGUAAAGUAUUUGUUCAAUUUGUAAGUAUUUUUUCAAUGCUUUCUCUGGUUGUCAAGGAUAUUCAGUCAAACAUAAAUUUGGUCGGCACAAUAAAAAAGAUAAUAAUAUUGUACCAUAACUUCAGUAUCUCAAAUUAUAGUUCAGUAACUAGCAUUAUCGUUGUAUAUGAUUAAUAGUUUUUAUAUGUUUCGAAGAACGUUCCCAGACGAUACAACCGAAAAGCUCAAACUGUAUUCAUGCAAAUCUAUGAUGAUACAUAUAUGUAUUUACGAAAGACAACUUACUUAAUAGGAAGACCAAUAUGCAUAUUCGGUAGAUAAUUAAAGAAGCAUAUAUUCUGGGUGUCCUAUUUCUAGUUUUAUUUGAAAAUUUGUAACGACUGAGUAAAACAUGCCGAGCUCAUUACAUGCUUUGUUUUUGCAAAAGAAAUGUCAUGAAACCGUUGUGCAAACUUCUUUUUAGAAAUGAGCCCAUAAAAAGAAUUUCGCAAGGAAUGUUUCGUGUAUUGUUGGUAAUAUCUUUUUUUAAUUCGUAAUCAUCCGUGAUUACAAUAAAUUUUUUUUUUUUUGUUUAUGAGUUUCUUGUGUGUGAUUUUUAAAAUUAUAACUGAACUUAAUUUUUAAGUAGAAAAUUACCGAUCGAUAAUGAUUAUAAAGACUCCAUACGGGACAUUAUAUGCAUAUACUACCCGAUUUAGUCAUAUAGAAAGACAAUAUUCGAUAUUUGAGACACUAGGAUACAUAAAUGGUAUUACCUGAUUUGUUAAUUCCUCUAACCAUGUGCAAAAUUGACGGUAAUUGAAAACAUACUAAAUAUAUCAAGAUAAACACACAGAUGAACACAAAAAAUAUAAACAUACAGAAGAACACAAAAAAAAAAUCACAAGAAGAGGCCUAGUACACCUAAGGUGUCAAUUUUAUUACUUCUUGGCAAUCGCUUAGAUAUGGAAAAAUAUACCAUAUUUCAUAAAAGCUUAUCAGUAACAGUACCUUGACUUCUGGACCUCUAAAAACCACAAUAAAUGGUUUAAACCUCUGGAUAUUGUGAAUGUGUUGCUGGGAAGUCAAUUUGAAAACACAUUUGUCUAAUAUAUGCUCACUCCUGUAUACCUAUUAUAUACAUUAUUUAGAUUGCUAAAUAUAGUGUUAUUUUGGAAAUAUGCUUUUAUUUUUGCUAGAAAAUAAAACUGUUAGAGCAUUUAAGAUAAUACCAAUCAAAUAAAAAUAUCAUCUAACA